AUGGCACCGGAUUUUCCGCACGUAAAGAUGAACCAAGUCAAAAACACAAACAAGAGCGACAGACAAGACAAAGAACAGUCAGUCUAUGCGAGCAGUGCAAUCCGUGACUCGAAAGUACCACAAUCGACCCGCAAAAAGCUGCCUCCGAAUCCAAGUCAAUGCCAUCAUCUCUCUAGCGAGCACGAACGAGACGGACAUGCGAGCUCCACUCAAGCCCAAUCCAGUCAGCAGGACAUGAGGAUGACUCUCCACAAGCCCAGAACACUCGGCCCAGGCAGCAGGGCCCGAAUCAUGCCCAAAGAACAGUGGCACAGCAUGGAUCAAGAAAGAGGGCGUAAGAGGGCGCGCUUGCCAGCUCAGCCAUAG